AUGCCCGGAGUACCAUCAGGACGGGCCUGUGAAGGCUGUCGUCGCCAGAAAAAGAAGUGCGAUGAGAAACAACCAACCUGUGGACGAUGCCUCCGAUUAAACAUACCAUGUAUUGGAUCCGGACAGCGGAGAUUCAAGUUCCAACAGGAGUAUACCAUCCCGAUAAUGGUGAAGAAAGGAAAGAUCAAAGCACAGUCUCCCAAGGAUCAGACCAGCUCUAGCAGCGACGAGGAGCGUACAGAAGUGUGCCGGGUGUCCCCACACCCAAGCAGUGCCCUGACGGUACUAACCCAAGCUUUUGUCCGAGCUAUACAUCCGUCGACGGACAUCCGAUGGAAUCUUGCGUGGGUGUAUGGGGGCUUCCUGAGAGAUGUGCCUGCUCGACUGGGCACAAACGAGGCCCUGGACACCGCCGCAGAUGCAGUGAUCUGUAUGCAUUCGGAGUUCUGCACCACCCGGAAGGUGUCUGUUAAGGGGCUCAGUAAGUACGGUCGUGCUUUAAAUACCCUCCAUACCUAUCUGGACGACCCGGUCAAGGCGGCCAGCACCGACACGCUGUGCGCGGUGACGAUACUCUUGCUCUGUCAGGGCUUCCUCCCCGGCCAGGGUAAAGUGCGAUCAGGACAUGCAGAGGGGGCUGCACAGAUUCUGAAGGCGCGGAAGAAUUUUCGACCUCGAGAUGACUUCGAGGCAAAGCUACUGCUGACGUUGCGCGGUCCCGUGCUCUUCGAAGGUCUAUUCGUCGACAGCAUUGACCUAAGUGGUGAGGAGUAUGAAAGUCUGGUUGAAAGCGAUCUCGAUGCGGGCACCCCAGACGGGCAGAUGAUGCGCUGUCUUGCACGAGUGCCAGGGAUCCGAAAUCGCAUUGCAGUAACAAUGCCGGGCGAUGUUGAGUUCGAGGCACUACGACACGAAGCUCGGGCCCUCUAUGAGAGCUACCAACCGGUCCUGACAGCAUUACAAGCGAGAACAAUAUCAGUCGAGACACCGCUUGCCGUCGGUUCUAUGUACCGCUUAUGCACCCUGCUUCAUGCGCAGUAUCAACGCAUGUAUGGCAUUGGGCUUACCGUAGCCAUUAUCCUGAACUGCCUGGCCCGAGCGCUGGACCCAGACGACCCUACGCUUCCCGUGGAAUCCACGUAUUUCGCGCAGGAGAUCAUCCUGUUGUCGGAUAGUCAGGUGGCCUUUCGCCCCCUGGGAUCCUUUUAUAUGCUGAUCUGCCUGUUGACUGCAAGAGUAGGCACCACGGACACGAUCCUCCGGGCUACUGUUGAAAAGACACUGGAUGACUAUCAGCGCGAGUUCGAUGGAGGACGUGCCACGGACACGAUAGCUGAAUUUGAGGAAAAGGUGCGGUCCAUAUCAGUUUUUUCUGCCAAUGAGGACAGUACAAUGAGUAGUCGUUGGGAGCCUAGUUUACUUGAAGUCUGA